AUGGGCAAGCUUACCAGCACGAUCGGGAUUCCGAUCAAACUGCUUAAUGAAGCUCAGGGUCACGUCGUCACGCUAGAAAUCACAUCCGGGGUGGUGUAUCGCGGAAAACUUCUCGAGGCUGAGGAUAACAUGAACGUCCAAUUGAAGGAUAUCACGGUCACUGCUCGAGACGGUCGCGUGUCGCAUUUGGAUCAGGUGUAUAUUCGUGGAAGCCAUGUGAGGUUCUUUAUUGUGCCGGAUAUGCUACGAAACGCACCCAUGUUCCGCUCUCGAGGCCAGCGCGGCAGAGGUGUCGGUCUUGCCCGUGUUGAAGUGUAUAAUACCAUCUGA